AUGGCGGCGCCCAGGAGCUGGCGGCGUGUGUAGUCUGAGUGUAGGAAAGCUCUCUGGCUGUCCGUGUAACCGCCUCCAGUGGGGUAGCAGCCCCGUCCCAACUCUUCUUUCACCAUGAAGAACAAAUCCACCCGGCAUCGGACCGAGAACACGUUCCGGUUUCUCACCUUCUCGGAACGGUUGGUGAACGUGAAUAUUGAUAUAAUCCAUCGGAUUGAUAGAACUGGGAGCUAUGCUGAGGAAGUGGAAACCUACUUUUAUGAAGGCCUGGAGAAAUGGAGAGAUCUUAACUGCACAGAACACUUUGUUAAAUUUUACAAAGAGGUGUAUGGAAAGACCCAAUCUUUUAAUCAGUUGGUGUACCAUCAGAACACAGUGGUGGAAAGCUUGAAAAACCAUCUUCAAAUCAGGAGCAGCAUGGCCCACCAACCUUUGCUCGACCUUGUGGUACAGCUGGCCAGAGAUCUGCAAGGGGAUUUCUAUCCUCACUUCAGUGAGUUCUUUGUAAUUAUAACUUCCCUGCUGAACACACAGGACACAGAACUGUUGGAGUGGGCCUUCACCUGCCUCUCCUAUCUAUACAAAUACCUCUGGAGACUUAUGGUCAAGGACAUAACAGACAUUUACAGUUUGUAUAGUUCACUUUUGGGCCACAAUAAGGAGCAUAUCAGAUGUUUUGCAGCUGAAAGUUUUGCUUUCUUGAUGAGAAAGGUUCCUGACCACGAUGCCCUUUUCAACUUCAUGUUUGCUGACCUGGAGCAACACUCUGAGAAGGCUGAGGGAGUGGGCCAGCUGCUUUUCGAUGUGUGCAAAGGCGUCCGAAAUACGUUGCACUCGUGUGCAGCCAAAAUUUUCCCGGCUGUCUUACAAAAACUGGGGCCCUUCACAGAGUUGGAGGUUGUGUUACCAUGGGACACGGUUGGGGAAGCAGUUUGCCAGAUGGCUAAGUCGUUUGCAGCCUAUGUUGACAGGGAACACUUCGAUGUAGUCUGGAGCUGCUUGCAGCGAUGUAUCCUGGGGCUCUGUGACAAAUUAAACUGCGGUGACAAGCAACAAAGCUCUGAUCAAAUCCAGAGGAUUCUGCAGAUAUACCUGGUGUUGGUGGAAAGCGGACAGGGGUCAAGGGUUACUCAUCCAGUUGAGCUUUGUGAGACCUUGAUCCAGAUGCUGCAGCCUUCGCAGAUGACCAUGUCCUGCUGUGAGGCUCUUCUCGAAGUAUUUUCCACCCUCCUCAAGGCUCAGAAUAUUACUCUGCCAAAAGAACUGAUUGUUGAAGCUUCUAGGAAGAUUUACAGUAGUGAGUUUGAAAGAAAAUUAAUUCUGGAGUUCUCAGAGGAGAUGUUUAACAUGUGCCAGUUUGAACAGCUGUUUCUGCCGAGCUUGCUGCAGUAUGUGGAGGAACAGUUUGCAAUUGAUGAUCGAUCGGCCAGGGAAGAAACUCUGGGAAUUUUGGUGAAACUGAUUCUGGCCAAAGCUGAGCCUCUGACUAUUGGGUCGAUGGCAUUUGAAAAGUACCCUCUUCACUUCGCAGGAGCGGUGCAAGUUUCUCAUUUUAUUGAUGAAAAGGCUUCCAGCGGAGUGGAGAAUGGUGGAUCAGUUACUUUGGUGUUAGAUUUCAUCCUGUCUUUGCUGCACAUACCUGAAGCUGGAAGGAGAUUGGAUCUUGCACAUAUCUGGGCUGCACUCGUCAUUCUUCCCCAUAUCAGGCCUAUGCAAACAGAGAAGGUGUUGGCCCAGGUUCAGUCAUUUUUUAACUGGCUACUGACAACCCUAAAGGAAACUGAUACCGUUGAUGAAGGAUCGAUGUUUGUUGCUCGUCAAGCAGUCAGCACCAUUUUGAGUCUGACCGAAUCAUCAGAUGUCCUCCGCAUUCUUCCAGUGGAAUGUGUGAGGAAUUUGAUUAAGAAGUCACCAUCUAACCCCUCUGCUCUCUUGCUGGGUGAUCUCUACUACACUCGGUUAGCAUUAUGUGGCUACAGUGAUCUACUUUCGCAAGACUCUCUGCUUGACCUGUUCAGAGAACUUCGGCCAAAUCUUUCCGCAGCUUUUUCCAAGGUGCGGCUUCUCACACUGAGGAUUAUGAAUCAUUUUGAAGUGUGGCUACGGAAAAGAGUCGAGGAUGAGGGCGAUGGAGAUCUUCAGUCUGUCUUUGCCAUCUUACUGCAAGCUGAACUUGUCCCUGCAACUGUUCAUGACUACAGAGAGAAGCUAUUGCACCUGAGGAAGCUAAGGCACGAUCUGGUACAGCCGUGUAUCCCUGAGGGACCAUAUGAUGAGGUUCCUCUUCAGUAUUUGAUAGGAAUGCUUUAUAUAAACUUCAGUGCACUGUGGGACCCAGUGGUUGAAUUAGUUGUUUCUCAUGCUCGUGGGAUGGAAAGUAAAGCAUUCUGGCGUAUUUAUUAUGAGCAUCUGGACCAGGCAGCUCAUUUUACAGAGAAGAAUUUGAAAUGUGAAUUGGGAGAGGAACUGAAAGUCAGCAUCCUAUCGGACACUCAGAGUAUUCUGCCAAGUAUAAUCAGAGGAUUGUACCAAGACCAGCUCCACUUGGCGAGUAAAUCCAGUGAGAGGACAGAUCGCACCAACUUCCGUUUCCUGCUUUGGAAAGCAAUGAGUGACUUUGCUGACAGAGUAGAACCUCGGUCACGCGAGCUCUCUCCUUUGCUUCUAAGAUUUAUUAACAAUGAAUAUUACCCAGCAGAUUUGUUGGUUGCUCCAGCUGAGGACAUCAGGAAGAAGCACGUUCCUGAUGAAAAUGUGACUGCUGUCGAACCGCAGGAUGGGUGCAAUGCAGUUGACAAUGAGGUAGCAGCUCCUGAAGAACCCAAGUUUGCUGUGGGAAAGAAGCCCAGGAGGGCAGCUGUAAAGCAGCUGAUCGCUCACCUGAAAGUUUUCUCAAAAUUUACUAACCCAAGGUCGCUGUACCUGGAACCCAAGCUGAAGGAAUUGUACACGCAGCUGCUGUGCCAUCAUUGCCAGGAUGUGCAGAAAAUUGCCUUGGAAUGUCUGCUCACCUACAAGCACCCGCACCUUCUGCCCUACAGGGAAAAUCUCCAGCGACUGCUGGAGGACAAGAGUUUCAAAGAAGAAGUCAUUCACUUCAGUAUUGCAGAGGAAAUAACCAUUGUGUCAGCUGCACAUAGACCUGAGCUCAUCCCAAUUAUCAUGAGGAUUCUUUAUGGACGCAUGAGGAGCAAAACAGGGAGCAAAACCCAAGGCCGAGCAGCAGCAGGGACCCGCAUGGUCAUUGUUUUAAAUUUCCUGGCUGGCUCGUUACCUCAGGAGAUACACCUCUUUCUGGAUCUCCUCCUCGAGCCAGUAAAGCAUUUAACUCAGGGAUCCUGUCUUUCUGCAGUGUUACAGUCAGUAAAGACUUUGGAUUUGUCAAAGGUUUUACCUCUAGGGCGUCAGCACGGUCUACUGAAUGGCGUUGAUGUGGUGAUGAAAAAACUGGGCCAUCUAAUCCAAGACUAUCUGCCGAAACUGCUCCAGAUCACCUUGUGUACGUGUGCAUCAGUGUCUCAUAUUCUGCAACAAAGAGACCAGAUUCAACCACGGUGCAUAAACCAGCUGAAAUAUUUGAGGCGUCUGGGAAUAAAUCAGAUUGCUGCUUUCUUUUCCGACUUUGAGUCUUACGCUUUCACAGCAGAUGAGAUUGAUGCCUUGUUUCAUGGUGUAGUGUGGCCACAGAUAGGGAGACUCGCCUCUGAAGGGCAGUACGCACCAACUCCUCUCCUGAAACUGAUUCAUAUCUGGAGCAAGAAUUCCAGGUUCUUCCCCCUCCUUGCAAAACAGCAUCCCGAUCACCCAGCGUUGGACAUUCUGAGCAACGUCUUUGCCUUGCUGUCGUCCAAGAGCAUCGCAGAACUAACGGCGACAGUUGUCAUGGAUAUUGUUGACAGCCUGCUGAGCACGCCUGACUUCUCGCCAACAGCGCCAGCAAGCAUCCUGACUGUCAAUGACACAACCUUUCCAGAACUUUCCAGCACUGCAGGAGAAUCUGCGAGCAUGGGGAUAUGUCUUAUUCUGCCUCAUAUUUCUACUAUCCUGCAACAUCUCAACAAAGCAGUUGGAAAUGUGGAACGAAUGAAGAAGAAGAAAUUCCAAACACAAGUCAGUAAAGAUUUGAGCAUCCUUUCAAGAAUAAGUCGGUUUGUUCAGGAUAAGGAACAGAGCAGUGUUCUGAUCAAUCUCCUGAUGCCCUAUCUAUUUAAGCCAAACACGUCUCAGGAUACGGAGAUUGACAUCCUGGAAACCAUUCAGAACCUCCUGCAGCACUGCUCUGAGCCUGCCACUUUCAUCAAGCCACUGGCUACCCUUUUCUCUGUCGUUCAGAAUCGGCUGGCCCGGCAGACACUCUGCUCUGUCUUCCAGACCUUGGCCGAUCUGGACUGCAGACUAGCAUACAUUACCGAAACUGUCACUAAGUUAAAUGCCUUUGAUCGGCAACAUCUUGACGACAUUGAUUUUGAUGAACGCCUGACUGCGUUCCAACUUGCGACCAAGUCUAUCCGAGAGAUGGGAAAAUUGGAUAUGGAGUAUCUGACCGCAGUCAUGCACAACUGCUUCCAUUCCAUUCAGUUGGGUGAGAUGACUCUCAGCGACAGUGCGACACUUUGCUUGACUGCAGUUAUCCAACAAGUGGCUUCUGUUGAUUGCUCAGAGGAGGAAUACAAGGAGGUCAUCAACCGCAUUUUACUGGAGACCUUAAGGAAUUGUCUCAAAUCAAAGACCGAGAGUGUUCAACAGGAAUACACCACACUACUUUGCUGUUUAAUUCGGGCAUUCCCCCAAAGGCCGGAGUUCCAGGACUUAGUGCAGUUAACAGACCACGAUCCAGAAAUGGACUUCUUUGAGAACAUGAAGCAUAUACAGAUUCACAGGAGAGCCCGGGCCUUGAAAAAACUAGCGAAGCAGCUUGAUGAGAAAAAGAUUACGUUGUCCUCAAAAUCUUUGGUGAACUACAUUCUGCCAUUUGCUACUUCAACACUGUUCAAUCAGAGCAUGCUGAAGUAUGAGAACAUGACCACGGCAUCUGUGGAACUUGUUGGAGCUGCCUGCAAGCAUCUCGCAUGGUCACCAUAUAUUUAUUACCUUAAACGGUAUAUUCAUGUUCUGCAGACUGGACAGAUCAACCUGAAACUUGCAGUCAGUUUGCUGCUUUCUGUGUUGCAAGCCUUUCACUUUGACCCAGAGAGCCUGCAGAAGGAGUUUGGAGCGGUUCAGAUGGCUGAAAAUGAAAGUACAGAGAAAGAAGAUGAGGAAAAUGUGGCUGAAGCCAUGGAAUUGGAAGAUGAUGUUGAUGAAGAGAAGGAAGAAUCUGCAGAAACAUUAAAUGAAGAUAACACAGUGUGUGAGGAAGAGACAGCGGGAGAACAGCUUCCAGUGAAGCAGAUGAAGAAGCCCAUGGCCCCUCAACCCAAAAAUAAACAGGAGCUGGAAAGUCUGAUUGACCACAUCCAAGUGACUGUCACCCACGGCAUCCUGCCUAAGCUGCAGAAAUGCUUAAUUGCAAAGGUGCAAAGAGAUGAGCAGCACAAGUUGGUGAAAUCAAAAAUAGUCAAUGACGAAGAGUUGGUGCGAAUCCCACUGGCUUAUACAAUGGUUAAACUGAUGCAGACUCUUCCCAAGGAAACCAUGGACUCCAAUUUACCAAGCAUCCUCAUCAAAGUCUGUAUGCUGCUGAGAAACCGGGCACAGGAGAUCCGAGAGGUUGCUCGCAACACCCUGACUAAAAUCAUUGAGACUUUGGGCCCAGGAUACUUUCUGUAUCUUCUCAAAGAGAUGCAGUCAGCUUUAACCAAGGGCUAUCAGGUUCAUGUUUUGACUUACACUGUCUACAUGCUGUUAAAGAGUCUCAUACCCAGACUUAACAGUGGUGAUUUGGACCCUUGCAUGGACGUUCUCAUUGGGAUUUUUAACCACGAAUUAUUUGGUGAAAUUGCAGAGGAGAAAGAAGUGAAGGGAAUUAUAAGCAAAGUGAUGGAAGCGAGGAGAAGCAAAAGCUACGACUCCUAUGAGAUUCUGGCUCAGUUUGUAGGAAAGGCACAAGUUAUUAAGCUGAUCCUUCCACUCAAAGAGAUCUUAGAGAAUACAACCAUCCUUAAGCAAGCUCGCAAGGUUCAAGAAACGUUUCAUCGCAUUGUGUCUGGCCUGUUACUGAAUAAGGAAAUGACAGCCGACUCCAUUCUCUUAUUAAGCCAUGGUCUGGUGACAGAGAGCUUACCAUUGAUGGCACAGAGAAUCAAAGGUAAACACAAGAAACUUGAAGCCUCCCGCAUUGGACUGAAGCCCCAAAGUUGCCUUUUGCUGCCCCCCACCCCAAGCCGUCAAGGUGAGAAAGCGGCCACCAGCACCAAGACCAACAUGCACAUUCUGGUCGAUACAGGGUUGAGGCUACUGCAUAUGAGUUUGAAGAGGUCGAAGGUGAAUUCUUCAGAAGAACACAUUUUGGGAAUGCUUGACCCAUUUGUGCAGCUGUUGAUUGACUGUCUCCAGUCCAUGCAUGUAAAGGUGACCACUUCUGCCUUGCAGUGCCUCACCUGGAUAUUGAAAUUCCCGCUGGCGUCCACAGAAACUCUGGCUGAUCAGCUGACCCAGCAACUUUUUGUGUUACUGAAGGAUUAUGCCAAGGCUGGAGCAGCGAGGGGAGAAAACUUUCACCUGGUGGUGAACUGUUUCAAGUCAAUUACAAUCCUCGUGAGGAACAUAACGGGGCACACGAUAACUGACAAACAGUUGCAGAUUUUGUUGGGAUAUGCCGAGGAGGAUAUUUAUGACUCAUCACGUCAGGCAACAGCUUUUGGACUUCUCAAAGCAAUUCUAUCAAGAAAGCUGCUUGUUCCAGAGAUGGAUGAAGUGAUGCAGAAAGUGGCGAAGCUUGCUGUGACUGGACAGAGUGAACCAGUUCGAGUGCAGUGUCGUCAGGUUUAUUUGAAGUUCAUUCUGGAUUAUCCCCUAGGGAGUAAGCUCAAGUCUCACCUCGAGUUCAUUGUGGCACAGUUUUCGUAUGAACAUGAAAUUGGAAGAGAAUCUGCACUGGAAAUGCUGGCUUAUAUCUUCCAAUCUUUUCCACAGGGUCUGCUUCAUCAGCACUAUGCUCUCUUCUUCAUCCCUGUCACUCUGAUGAUUGUGAAUGAUGACUCACCGAAGUGCAAGAAGAUGGCAGCUCUGGCAGCCCAGUCAUUGUUGAGCAAGGUGGACGAGGAGCACAAGGACCUCAUGUUUUCGUUGGUUUUGACAUGGUUCCAAAGCGAAAAGAUCUCUCACCGUCGACUAGCUGCCCACGCUUGUGGGCUUUUUGUGGAAGCUGAAGGAAUCGUCUUCGAGAAACGUAUUGGGACCAUUCUUCCGACCCUUGAAGCUGCAAUUGAUCCUGAAAGCUUUCAAGAUAUCCAAGAGGAAGAGGAAGAGAAAGCUACAGACCGUUUGCUGUUCAGCCUUUUGACUCUGACCGUGAAACUGGUGAAGAAUUGCAACUUGACCCAGCUGCUCAAACCACGUGCUGUUCUCACCUCUCUCUGGGGUCACAUCCAAGCUCACCUGUGGCACCCUCACUCCUGGGUGUGGCUCACCUCAGCUCAGCUCUUCGGAAUGCUGUUCGCCUCCUAUCAACCGGAACAACUGGUGGCCAAGUGGAACACUGGCAAGGCGCCAACCGUGGCAAAGAAUUCCCUGGAGACGCCAGCGGCACAGUUUUUGCUGAAAGAGCUGGACAGAAAGACUAAAGUCUUGGCUUUAGCCUUUUGUCAUCAGCUGCAGUCCAAGUUCCUGGAUGUCAUGUUGGGUGAACAGGUGAUAAAGAAUUUGCUGUUUGUGGCUAAAGUCAUCUACCUCUUGGAGUCUGUCGACUGUGGAGAUGGAAAGAAGGAUAAGGAGACAGCGGAAAGCGAGGAUGAAAUGGGAGCCGAGGAGAUGGAGGAAGAGACGGCAGGAGAAGGAGCUUCUGACAGUGCUGGAAGGAGGAAAGUAACCCUCAUGUGGCUGAUCAGGAAGCUCUGUACUCUUGCCAAGAAAGAAGCAGCCCAUUCCCCAAAAAUUCCUUUGAAGAGGACCUGUGUCUUUAAGUUCCUUGGAGCAAUCGCAGUAAACCUUGGAACGGAAGGAGUGAAGCCAUACCUCCCAAUAAUUAUAGCACCUCUUUAUAGAGAAUUGAACAGUACUUAUGCAGAGCAAGACCCAACACUCAGGAUCCUUUCCCAGGAGAUCAUCGAGGUGCUGAAGAAACUGGUCGGGUUGGAAACAUUCUCUCUGGGUUUUGCAGCGGUGCAGAAACAGGCCAGCCAGAAGAAGGCUUCACGAAAAAGGCAGAAAGCUCUGCAGACGGUUGCAAACCCGGACAUUGCUGCAAGGAAGAAACUGAAGAAGCACAAAAACAAAGCUGAAGCCAAGAAAAGAAAAAUUGAAGCCCUUCGAACGGGCUACAAGGCAAAAAAGGCCCGAAGCAACACACUGAAGGGUUUAGCCAUGGUGGAGUGAAAUGUUUUUAGUUCAGUCAUUUUGUACACAAUGGUUUUAUGCGAGAAACUGAAAGAUCGCUUCUGAAGACCACAUUUUUUUGUCCCUCUUUCCCAACAAUUCCUUUGCACUGUGGCUCAGGAGUAUUUAACUUGAAGUACAGUUUAAUGUACUGUUUGACUUGGCAGAUUGUCAAUAAAUGGUGCUUUGUGGUUAGCGCCUGUUCUCAAAAGAA